GUAAUGUUAACCUGAAAACACUAUAAAACUUCCUGUCAACUGGUGAUUGGCAAUGAGUUGAGCAGAAAAGGAAAAAACAAUCCUCUUACAUUGAUAACGUUUCUUCACCUAUAUCACACAUUAAUAGUUAUGGAUUCUCCAGAUGAACUCCAAGAACCCAUUCUACAAUCACAUUCUCAACCUGCUGCUGCUCUUCACAAUGAAGUGAACUCCAUGCUCGAAAAGGUACUAAACGACACCGAAUUACCCUACCUGAAGCGCAUCAUGUUGGCUUCAGCAAUUGAACUGAAGCUCCUUUUCCGCCUGGCUGGACCUGCUGUUUUUGUUUACAUGAUCAAUAAUUUCAUGUCCUUGUCAACCAGAAUCUUCGCUGGCCACCUUGGCAAUCUUCAACUGGCUGCUGCCUCUCUUGGCAAUAGCGGCAUCCAACUCUUUGCCUAUGGCCUUAUGUUAGGUAUGGGAAGUGCUGUGGAAACUCUAUGUGGGCAAGCUUUUGGAGCUCGCAAGCAUGAAAUGCUAGGGACAUAUCUCCAAAGAGCAACAGUUGUGCUCACUGUAACAGGAAUACCAUUAACUAUUAUCUACCUUUUAUCAAAGCCAAUUUUGCUUUUAUUAGGUGAACCAAACACAGUAGCAUCAGCAGCAGCAGUGUUUGUUUAUGGACUAAUACCACAAAUUUUCGCUUAUGCUGUGAAUUUUCCAAUUCAGAAAUUCCUUCAAUCACAAAGCAUAGUAAACCCAAGUGCCAUCAUAUCAGCAACUACUCUUAUUCUCCACUUAUUACUGACUUGGCUUGCAGUGUACAAGAUGGGAUUGGGAUUGAUAGGUUGUUCACUAGUGUUGAGCUUGUCAUGGUGGAUAAUUGUGAGUGCUCAGUUUGUUUAUAUAGUGAAGAGUGAUAAGUGUAACUACACAUGGAAUGGGUUUACCUUGCAGGCCUUUUCUGGGCUUUGGGAGUUUGUAAAAUUAUCAGCAGGGUCGGCAGUGAUGUUGUGCUUGGAAACCUGGUAUUUACAGAUUUUGGUAUUGAUUUCUGGCCUCCUCAAAAAUCCUGAGAUUUCUUUGGACGCCCUUUCAGUGUGUCUGGGUAUAUAUGGGUUGCUGUUUAUGGUCUCCGUCGGUUUCAACGCCGCUGCAAGUGUUAGAGUUAGCAAUGAACUGGGAGCUGGGAACCCAAAGUCAGCAGCAUGUUCAGUUGUUGUGGUGACUUCGGUUUCGCUGAUAAUUGCAGUUAUGGAAGCAGUUGUUGUGCUUUCUCUACGACAUGUAAUCAGUUAUGCCUUCACUGAAGGAGAAACCGUAGCCAAGGCUGUCUCUGAGCUUUGUCCGUUAUUAGCUGUCUCUCUCAUACUGAAUGGGAUUCAACCAGUUUUGUCCGGGGUGGCAGUUGGGUGUGGAUGGCAAGCCUUUGUGGCGUAUGUAAAUGUGGGAUGCUAUUAUUUCGUUGGAAUUCCAUUGGGAUGUGUUCUUGGCUUUAAGUUUGAUUUUGGUGCAAAGGGAAUAUGGUCUGGGAUGCUAGGAGGAACAACUAUGCAGACUCUCAUUUUAUUAUGGGUAACAUUUCGUACUGAUUGGAUUAAAGAGGUUGAGAAGGCUAAGAUACGAUUGGACAAAUGGGAGGAUAAUAAGGAAGCACUCUAAAAUAAAUGAAGAUACUCUAAAAUGAAUGUGCGAUGGAUAUUGAAAUGGGCCUAAUUAGCAGACUGCUUAUUUAUUCAACCGCUGGCAGCCCAAUCCAUAAUGGAUGGGCUUCGAUCUUUUGGGCGCAUUAUGAAAAUGAUGGCCCAAUUUAUUGGCUCACUUUGUACUCAUGUGUCCCUAUUUUGAGAAUGAAUUUAACAAUGGUAGUUAUUAAAGAACAAACAGGAAACAAAUAAAGCAUGAAGGUUGACGUUGAGCUGGUCUGGCCUAACGUGACCCCAACCGGUUACUGUUAGUGGAGUGGAGAAAUUGAAGGACUGCCAUACAUGUACCCAGUGACAGAGUAUUUAGUAUUUUUAAGAUAAACCGGGUUUUUUUUCUAAUUGAUUGAACUCAAAUCAUCAUUAAUCAAGCAGGUUUGAUUUGACAGUUGUUAUAUAA